AAAUGUCGUCCUUGUCGCUCCUCCUUACCUGCAGAUGAAUGGGGCUGUGCGACAGCCCAUACCCAGCGCCACUAAAUCAACAAAGAAGAUGAACAUGACAAGGGCUGGUAAAAUCUUAUCUAGGGCUUUGCACACUGUUCAUCAACCCCUCGAAAUGGACCUGUUUGAUAGAGGGGGAGGUACCCACUGUCCUUUUUGGUAACGCCCAUCGUGAGGUAGGGAAAUUCUCAACCAAUCGCUGGGGUUCUGCACCCUCAAAACGCAGCACACGCCGAGCCAUCAAAUAUCCCUACCACGGAUGACAGUCAGUCACAAUUCAUUGUCGACGUCCAGAGGAAACAAGAACGUGAAAAUAUUCUUCCUGGUGUUGAAUAUUGUUUUUACAUGUUGCAGAUUGUUGUUUGGAUUAAUACGAAAGGGGGGGAACAGCGUGGGAGAUUGUUUUGUGAUUUGUUUCGUUCAUUUAUUUUAAUAAAAUUUAAGUAGUGAAAUCGUGGACGUUGACGUGAGGAAAAUAUUUACGUCUUAUUGGAUGAAAAAAAAAAUGCAGAGUCCAGAAAAUUUGAGCCACUUGUCUAGCACACAAAAUAAAAUGCAGCCUUCCUCAAGUCGUAUUCUAUAUGACAUUCCGUGCAAGGUAUGCCGGGAUCAUUCUUCGGGUAAACACUACGGUAUUUUUGCUUGUGAUGGUUGUGCUGGAUUUUUCAAACGAUCGAUACGACGAAAUCGACAGUACGUUUGUAAAGCCAAGUCCGAGGGAGGUUGUAUGGUUGACAAGACACACAGAAAUCAGUGCAGAGCUUGUAGGCUAGCAAAAUGCAUGCAAGCUGGAAUGAACAAGGAUGCUGUCCAGCAUGAACGAGGCCCACGAAACUCAACACUGCGCCGGCAAAUGGCACUCUACUUCAAAGAGCCCGAAAUUAUGGGCACCAUUCCACCACCCGCUGCUGCUCUCGAUCUUGCCUUACCAAAGACAUCGAGUGAAGCAAGGGUAUCGCUCUCAUCAUCACAUCAUCACAUACCACAUCCAAUUUACUGCAGCAGUAUGUCGAUCUCGAGCAAGAUGCCAUUAACCGUUGGAGGAACCUCAACAAUGUCAAUGCUUCCCGCGUUAAAUGCGGAAUCUGUUUGCGAGCAAGCGGCGCGUCUUCUCUUCCUGAACGUCCGCUGGGCCCGAGAUCUGGCCUCUGAUACAGGUCUCGCGAUGGAGGACCAACUGAAUCUCCUCGAGGCCUCCUGGAGAGAGUUGUUCCUCCUCGCAGCGGCACAGAUUUUGCCCGACCUGGAUCCCUCGUUCCUGCUCACUCCAGGACCAGAGAGUCUGUCUCUUGUCAUCGAGGUAACCAGAUUCAGGGAAACCCUGGCUGGAUUCCACUCGAUGAAUUUGGAUCCUCAUGAGUUUGCAUGUCUACGGGCAAUCGUCCUCUUUAAAGCUGGUUUGGACUGCGAGCUGGUCCCCAGCAGUCGGAGUAGCAAUGGAUCAGUCUCUCCAAGCGUUGAACGACGGCUGAGAGAUCCUGCAACAGUAGCCAGACUCAGGGAUGGCGCCCAAAUAGCACUUGGUGAAAAAUUAGCGGCCUCAUUCCACACCGGACCAUCACUAGGAGCAUUGAGAUUCGGUAAACUACUUCUACUUUUACCAACACUUAGAUCUGUCUCUGCUCAUGCCAUUGAGGAGCUGUUCUUCAGGAGAACCAUUGGAAUUAUUCCCAUUGAGAGGAUUAUCUGUGACAUGUACAAAACACCUGAGAAACUUUGAGUUGAAACAAAUGUUAGGGAGCUACAUUGUUAAAAAAAAAUUUCGGACUUUUUCGUAGAAAAUUGCGAAAAUUUUGAUCGUGUCAGUAUUCAACUGAAAUUUCGAAGUAUUUAUGCAUUAGAAAUUCAACAUUUCUGGGAUAGAUUGGACAGCAUUGCAAAGUUGUGUUCGAGUGUUCUGUAAAAAGAAGCAGAAAAUCAGGAAAAUCGACUAAAGUGAAAUGCAAAAUUUCAAUAUUUGAAAUUAAGGAUAUUCCACGUCCUUUUUGCCAAAAUUUACAUUUUUCUUAUUUUCAGAAAAAUUCAGUCCUCUUAAUUAAUUUUUUUUCCGAACAGCGGACACUGCAAACUCAAAUUUAUAGGAAUCUUUUAAAAAACAGUGCGUGAACAAUUCUCUCCUUGGAUAUUUAAAAUAAUUUUAAAUAAUACUUGCGCCAGUGAAUAAUCGGAAAAUAAAUGAUUCAUUGGGUAGAAUCUGCAAUUUUUUUUACUGUCGCUACGUUCAGCGCUUGUCGAAAUAUUUCAUGCCUAAACGUGAAAAACCGAUCAUCCCUCUAAACGUACAGAAUGCGCUGGCACGGGACGAGGGAGGGUGAUAUUUUGCAGGAGGUGUUGAGCAAAAUUGUUCUCGACGAGCGGUCCAGAAAAGUUCUUUAUUUUUUCACUGAUAACAGGACGCUGGUCGCCAUUCGCUGAACAUAACAUCACUGUCAAAAACUAUAGUUCGGAUAUGCGGGCGACGAGGUGUUUUAACUCGUUAUUGACAACCCUGGGCUUCACCUCGGCCCACCGCCUUCACUCGGAGAGAAAAAUUCUUUACAAAUGACGUGCCUAUUCCAUAAUCUGCCAGUCAAAACAGUUUGCAGUAAAAAUUACGAAAUAGUUUCACAUUUUUUCACCGAACGUUUCAUACUUUUUCUGGACCGUUUUGAACUUUUUCCUGACAAUUUGCAGGCACGUAACUUUUAAAGAAUUCUCCUCUCCAUGCACCCUUGUUACCAUCCCGUCGCACGGAUGUCGAAAUAUAUUAUGACUGACUAGAUAUAUCCAAAAAUCCAGCUCUAAGUAUUUCACGUUUUUCAUUAUUCGUGCGAGACGAACCGGAAGUGAACGAAAAUAAAAGGGUAUGGAGUUUUGAAGAUUCUACGAAUAAUAAUGAUUAUUUUUCCCAUCUAAAUCUUGACUAAUAGGAUUGCACCAUUCGAUGUUAUUUUGUAUAGCCAACACGGUAUUUCAGCGGAAAUUCUUGGAAAUUUCACUGGAAAUUUUUCAUGUUGCCUAUUUAAAAAAAAACAAACGAUGAUGUAACCCUCAAUUGUAUCUGACAGAUCGGGUGGCAAUUUGUUGAAAAUUAUGUCUCAUGGUGCAAUUCUAUCGGCCAACAUUUGGAUGGAAAAAAUAAUUCCCCGAAUGCCACUCGAACUUCGAAAUUAUUUGAUAUUUCCCUCAAGGUACCCUACAAACAAAUAAGCUUGUCAAGUUUUCCAGAAAAAUCAUUUUUAAACUGGAAAACUUGACACGUUCAUUUGUUUGCAACGAACCUAUCGGGAAAUAUCCGAUAAUUUCGGAGCUCUUGUGGUAUUAUAUGCGAUUAUUUUUCCUAUGCAAAUUUCAGUCAAUAGAAUUGGACCAUUUGUUGAUAUUUUGUAUAGCCUACCCCGAAUUUCAGCGAUUAUUUUUUGAUAAUUCUGCGGGUAGGCUAUAUAUAAAAUCAAACGAUAACUUAACCAAAUAAAACCCUUUUCAUUUCAUGGCAAAAUUCUCUUUGCCGAAAUUUGGAUAGGAAAAAUAAUCUCCUGAAUACCACUCGAGCUUCAAAAUUAUCGAGUAGCUCUUGUGGUAUUAUAUGUGAUUAAUUUUAUUAUAUUAUCAAAGAACUGCAUAGUUUAGACCAUAAUUUUAUGAAAAUUGAUCAUCUGCAGCGGCUAAAUCGUAAUCGUAUUCUUUCAAGAUUCUCAUGACCGGGUCAUAAUUUUCUUAUUUGAACGAUCUAAAAGCACAUACAUGUCUUAUAUUUACCGUAAUUGUUAAGAAAAAGUUUUUAUUUAUUUAAGCGUUCAAUUUGCCUUGAACAUUGUAAAUAUAAUUAUGUGCUCUCACUCUCUCACUGUGAUAUUUCUAAUCCUUAGUUUAGGUAUUGCACUGUCUGUUUCCACAGAGAGAAUUUUUUGUGAUAAUUCUAGUACGAGUACUGGAGAAAAUCUGAACGACUUUAUUGUAAAAAAAAAUAUUACAAAAAAAAUUAUAUAAGGUCGGGGGAAAAUUUCGCCUUUAAUCCAAUAAAAUUAUCAGUUCCACUGGAAUUUUUUUGUUGUGACCAGUUUGCGCGCCUCCUGAUCUUCAGUACUAUCAUGAGAAUUUUUACCAAAAAUUUCUCUCCGUGUGUAUGCGUUUAAAUUAUUUUGACGUGACAAGAUGGCCCAGAAUAUUGUAUUUACGAUUACCUAUUCGUAAACGUAUUGAAUUUACAAAUUUGGGUUUGCAGUGUCAUGAAAUUGACGAAUUAAUAUAGCUUAAAGAAUUGUAAAAAAAAUUUUGUAAGAAUAGUUUUAGUUGAACAAAUAUGAAUAGUCCGUAACAUCGGAUAAAUCCACCAGAGUUAUCGAAAAAUGUGCGGAAUAAUUAAUAUUUUUGUAUCGGCUAGGAAUAAGAAAGCUGCACACGAGAUGUGUAGCAAUGCAAUAACCACGCGCACCCGAGCAUUGGUCAUUCUCGAUCACAUUUGCUUAAAAACUAGCUCAGAAAAAGAUAUCUAUAUAGCAUACUCCACUAAAAAACAAAAUAUUUUUGCCAAACAUUCAUUGACGUGAGAGAAGUAUUUUUUUUUGUCACAUUUUAUGAAUCGAGUCAUUUCCAGAGGCGUCUAAUUGGAUUUCAAUGACAAAAUCUCGAUGAUUUGGGUUUUUUUAAUGCUGAAAAUUAUUGAAGAAAUUUAUUUAAAAUGAGAAACAAAAUUAUCUUGUUUUAAAAUAAUGUUAUUUAUCAUUGAAACUUAAUUAGAAUUGUCUAGUAAUGGCCUGAAAAAUAUUUAAAAAAUAAAUACUCCUUCGAAGUCAAUGAAUGUUAAAGAAAUUUCUUGUUCUCAGUGUGCAGCUUUAAACGCCUCAAUAUGUAUAAAUGUAAUGUAACAUAAUUUAUCAAAAGUUUUCACUUAGAGAUUUACCUAUUGUAACAAAUUAAUGUUAUGAUUUAGGAAUGAAAAUACUGCAAUUAAAUUCUCAAAGUAGUUAUUGAAAAUACUUAUCCGAAGGAUUAUCUGUAGAUGUGUGUACAGCAUGAAAGACUGCAAAUGGAGCGCUAAAAAAUUAUUGCAAAAUAAAAACAAUUUUUUAUUAA